GUCGAUGUACAGGCAAGCUAGCAGCCGUUACGUUACGCCAUUGUUGAAAAGGGCAGCGCUCGAGGCGCACGCCGAGCUUGGACGCUUACGCAGUUUUUCACUAUUUACCCAUCCCGUGCUGUGAUAUUAGAUUGUUUUAUAUCCUUUAUUAGGUGAGUGUAACAACGUGUAGACGAUUAUUUGAAAAGUUUCGAAUUUUGUCGAAGCUCGCAAGAAAAUUCCGGAAAAUCUUAAGAUGGGGUGACAUGGCGCGGGCGGAUCCUCUAUGUAUUUUUACGAGUACAUCAUCUUUACUGUAUCAACGUCAGAGAGAAAUUUCCCGGUGAAAAACGAGGAAAUCGACAGAAAAUGGAAGAUGACCAGCAGUUUUGUUUAAGGUGGAAUAACCACCAGAGUACAUUGAUCCAAAACUUCGAUACACUUCUAGAAAGCGGCACUCUGGUUGAUUGCACGUUAGCUGCCGAAGGAAAAUAUUUAAAAGCGCAUAAAGUGGUACUUUCGGCGUGCAGUCCCUAUUUUGAGGGACUUCUGAGCGAACACUAUGAUAAGCAUCCGGUGUUUAUCCUUAAAGACGUUAAGUUUAAAGAAUUGAAAGCAAUGAUGGACUAUAUGUACAGGGGAGAAGUGAAUAUCUCCCAAGACCAGCUCGCAGCGUUACUCAAAGCUGCUGAAUCACUGCAAAUCAAGGGGUUAUCCGAAAGUAAAACGAGUGGCAGUAACAAAAUGGAUACGAGGCAACAGAAAGUCGUGCCACAAGUUACGGCGGCCCCGUGUGACAUUCCACAGGGGGCUCCUGGUCUAACCAUAGAAAAAAACAAAGUUCCUACUAGACAAAAUUUGCCGCAGGGAUCUGUUGGGGACCUACCGGAAGACUCUGCUAGUCCCCAAAUACCACCCAAAGGUCUUUCUUCGAGGGAAGGUUCGCAAAGUCCAACUUCGAGAAAAAGAAAAAGGUUUCGAAGAAGAAGCAUCGGUGAAGAUAAUAAUUCGAUGGAAAACCACGAGGCCUCAAACUCGAACGAUAUGUCUCAACAAGUGGCUGUUCCAGCACUUGGUAUCGCGCCUGUCGCGGAAGAAACGUCACACGUAGAUCCUGCAGACUCGAUUGGCAGGUCAGCCUUAAUGACGCAGCUGACGAGACCUGCGGACGAAAUGCUGCAACUACCACUAGAAAAACCGGAGCCAAAUGAUAGUCUCAUCGAGCCAAAGUCGGAAUAUAUGGACGAUCCGGAAGAAGGCGUCGAAGAUCUGACGCUCGACGAUGACAUGAACGAUCUAAACGAAAUGGAACCGGAUAACAAUAGAGCUGGCCCGUCCCACGAUCCCUCGCAACACCCAGCAGGAAUAGGCGCGUGGCACGUUACAGGAGAUCGAAGUAACGCGGGGGGAGUUGUGGGCUCGGUGGCAGGAGCUCCUGGAACGACAGACGAAGUCUUUCUCGCAGCCCAAGAGGCCGCCCAGGCCCACCGCGACUCUCAAGAUGCAUUGAAGAGAAGUUUGCUGCGACACGAAAUCAAAAAGAAAGAGGGGAAAGUAUCUAAAGUAAGACGUCGUUGCGAGAGAUGUUACCAAGAGAAUGUGAAAAAGUUUGGUAGUCAGGUCGCGAGAAACUGUACCGUCAAAGUAGCUACGUUUUGCGAGAAUUGUUACGGCAAACCUCAUCUCUGCUUGUCAUGUUUCUAUGCGGAACAUUUUGAUAUGCCAUGAUCUGUUUUCGAUUAAUAAAAUCCAUUCAAUUCAAUCGAUUUUGUCUCGUAUUUCAUGUGUGUCCGAUCACAAAUCUUUCAUUUUUUCGGCCGAUAUAUUAGACACUGUGUGUAUGUGUGUAUGAGUGGAAAUGGAUAAUCGUAUCGUGUUAAUUAACCGCGGCACGGAACGUGUUUUUUCGAAAAAUUCGUUCGAUUUAAUUAAUUCAGAACACCAGCCACCCUUUUAGCUUGAUUUGAUUUGAUUGAAAUUUUUUAUUUGAACGCUCUCUUUUAUAACGCGCACACUUUCUCUCGCUCGAACAAUCGAAUCGAGCCACGAUUUAAACUUUCGUCGUCAAGAUUUUCGACGAUUUUUAACGACGCGUGUAUCAGGUAGAAAGGAAAAGAAACGAAAAUUAGAGCCGGCGUUGCACCACGUUGUUUGCAGUACGUAGAGAAUUUUUGUAAAUGUCGUUGUGGAAACAAAGAUGUUCCGGUGAAAAGGGUAAAGAUGGGCUUUGCGUUCGAAGGACUCGAUUCACCGUACAAUUGAAAUAUUUCUCUUGAAACAUUUAACGUUCGAAUAUAAAUCAGGGUAUCUUUAAUCGGUGAAUCGUGUUCAUCUUUGCCAUCUAACCGGAAUGUGCAACCCUCGUAUCCUAAAGGAAAAGAGAAAGAAAAACAAACCACCCAUUCGUAGUUGUUUACGUGUUUUUUUUGUUGGUAGAAGAUUUGAAAAACAUACCAUGCACAUGGUAGUAAUAAAUAAGUAAAAGAGAGAAAAAAAAAGAAAGGUUUAAGACAAUUGGACGAAAGAAGGGACGUAGAUGAUUAGCGUGUAGUCGCGUGACCCUCGCGCCUGACAAAAAUCUAUACGAGCCAAUAUUAAUUAAUUUAUUCAAUUUUAAAAUAUCUUAUUGGCUUUGCUUAUGCUUAUCCUGUUAUCUGAAAACGAACCAAAAAAUAGAAAGAAAAAAAGGAAAGAGGAAUGUUUCUCUGUACUUGGAAAAAAAAAAUUUCUAAUCAAACUAACGAGCAACAACGAGGGUCUCGCGUUUACAAUAAUUUUCAUUGAAAUAAAAUGUACACGCGCGGGUUGUGCCUUUCUCUCGUAUACGCGUGUCAGCGCGUUGGGUUUUCGCGGCUUCCUGUCCAUUUAACGAACAGAAAAGAAGCUGCAACUGAUAACAAAAAAAGCACGUGGUCGUUUGGUAGACGUGACACGCGUGACACGCAUCUGCACGCGCUCGCACGAAACUGACAAAUCUUUUUUUUUUUCCUCUGAUACGUGUUGUGUCAUAUACGCCGACGUGGCUUUCCUUUACAUACCAUAUACUCGCUUUUCUCGUGUGCACGCGCGUCUCACGCGUGUCGAGGAGAACCUUUUCCACGCGUACCAACAGACAGUAUAUAUAUACAUAUACCUAAUAUAAUAAGUAUACGUAUACAUGUACGAUGUGUGAUAUAUUCAACGUAUUCAACUAUAUAUAUAUAUAUAAAUAUAUAUAUAAUUUUUUUUUCUUUUUUUUUCUUUAUCCAUCCGUGUAUGCGUACAUACUCGAUAGUUUUUCAAUCCAUUGCGUUGGGCCAUUUUUUGCGUAAUUCGUCUUGCAUGCCACGCUUCCUUCGGUAGUUUAAUUACGACUCUUUAACUUUGCGGAGGUGAGCGAGCGCGAUGCGUUCUCGUUCCGCGUACAAUCCUGCGUUCAUAUAUAUAUAUAUAUAUUUUUUCAAAUAUGCCUUGCAGAUCAGUCUCGUGUUUUUGACAGAGGGGGUUAUUUUUGUUGAUGUUACAUUGGUGGUGGUGAUCGAUCUGCGAACACACACAGACGUAUAUAUAUAUAUAUUCUACUUUCCUCUCUACGAUACGAGGCGUGUACGCGCUUGCACACGUUCCAAUACAUUUUUUUUAACUAACCCAUGUGUACAUAACUCGCUUCUUUGUUCGUAACGCAUAUAAACAUCAGAUAUUUGAUUAACCCGAUUUACAAUGCUGUUUUUAUUUUUUUUUAUUUUUACAUGUGUAUGCGUGAUUUGUUACACGUACACGUGUUACGCGUGUUGGAUAUUGUACGAUACGUAAUGUGCAUAUCGUACAGUCGUUAAUGAUACAUGCAUAAUAUCGUGGUACUCGUGUUACGUAUACAUAAAUAGCAUACAUAUGUAUAUAUACAUAUACUAUACACUCUUUUCUAUUCGAUUUGUAUUAUUAUCAUAUAUUUACUAUUGCGUAUGGAAACGUACACUUGUAUCUACUGUUAAAUACUGUCCAUGGUAUUGUACCUUUUUUCGCAUUCGAAUUUCGUUGUCGUGUACUAUGCCAUGCCAAUUUUACGCUGUACGUUCAAAUUUUUUUUUUUCUCUGACGUUGUGUUUCCCAAGUGUCUAGGCUAUCAUUUUGGAAGACGUUUAAACUUUUGUGCAAAUUGUCAGAAGAUCCGAGGGGAGAGAGACAGGCCGGAUCCGAAGGGCUGUUUCAGUCACGAUCGAGCUAUUUCUCGAUCGAGACGCGAUUUAGUCUCGCGUUAAUCUCUCUUUUCUGCUUCCGUUGUGGAAGAGUGAGAGAGAGAGAACAGUGUGCCUAUUUGCACACUGAUCAAAUAUUUUCUUUCGUACUUUGCCGAGCUUCUUUGCCGCAUAAGUACCGAAUAUUUUUCUAUUUCUCGCGUUUGAAACUACGGCCGGUUGCAUUGCUCGAACGAAUCUACAUUUUGUACGAUUCUCGGCAGUGCUUCCUUGCCGUAUCGCGAGUGUUCCUAACAAGAAGACGAAACUCUGGAAGAAGAAACGAAGACAAGGUAAUCGAGAAGCUGGAGUAACGAUCUGGUUAUGGUAAUGUGGUAAGAAUAGAAUGAUAAUGAGUAUCGAGUAGGUAAUAUGGAAAAAGGUACGGUUCAUCUUUUUUCGAUGCACAUUGUGUGGUCAAAUAACGUAUGUUUUCAUACGUACAUUUUUUAUAUGUAAUUAAUUUGUUCUGUGGUUUUAAUAUUGCAAAGGAAGACGUUCAUCUUUCGAAUAACAGGUAUCGAUCUGAUUUUUGGUAAGAUGAUUGGAUCGUUCCUUACUCGAAAGUACGUGUACUUCUUUUUGCAAUUUAUCUUCUAUUUUUUAAAUAAUAUGGAAUAUUCAACUUUGCAACAAUGUUAUGAUGCGACGUUUGAACGUUCGUGUUCUUCGUACACGUCGUUCAGAGUUUUUCUAUAAAUCUUUGCCUACUGUUUUCAAAUGAUUUGAUAUUUUGAUUGUUCCUUUACAUUUAUAAUGUACAAUAGGCAUGUUCUCAACAAUGGAAGAAAGAAGAAAUACCUGGCGAAGAGAUUUACACGUAAGAAAAUAGAAAGACAUGUUUCAUCGUUUCUUUUUAAUUCCGAAAAUUUUUUAUUUUGAAGAAUUUUUGGAGAUAGAAACAAGAUGAAACUUCAGAUUUUAAUGUUUGUUCUUAUGGAUGAUAAGCCACGUAUGUUAAUCGAUAAGUAUCUCGAUAUUUUGUCAGGAUUGCAGCUAACAUCAUCGAGAUUGAUGUUGUUCGCGCUGGUAUUCAAUGCUGAUUAAAUAUCGAUGACACUUUUCCUAUUGAAUACAGCUUAUAACCAUAAGUUCUUAUGGUAGGUCUUUACACGCGGUUGACUUUUCCAUGAAAAGUCUCAGUUUUAAUUAUAAAAGUGCAACAGCAGAAGAGAAGUGUGAAAGUAUUCUGCGUGGGAUAAAAUUUAUACUCAAAUGGUAUUGUAUUGGUAACGUUUUUUAUAUUGGUACUCGAACGAUUUUGUUUAACCAUAUUUUAUAUUUUCUCUUGAAAGUUUCGAGCUGUUUUAUGGUUACAUGUUUUUUGUACUGUUCAAAUCUUACAGCGUAUGUAUUUUAUUUCUUUACAGCUUAUAUGGUACUUAAAAGGUAUAACUCUGUUUAACGAUAUCAUUCAACAUUGUCCUCUUUCGCCAUUGAAAUCACAUUUUUAAUCAUGUUUCUAUAUUAUUUCCAGUGUUAACAACAUAGCUCCAGUUCGGGUUUUCUCAACAUUUCAUCAAUUUUCUCAGAGUUCUAAGAAAGAAACACCUGUGAUACCAAUUUGCGUAAGACUGUUCAGUUCACGAAUUAAAAUUCCCGGUGAUCAACGAGAAUUCGAGUGGACGAACAGCUUCUGACGUGUAUCAGUUUCAUCGGAUCAGUUUUCUUCUAGAUAUCUAAAGAAUUUCGAUGAAAUUUUUUUGAAAACUGAACGCAACUAAAGAAUCUGUAAGCAUGUGUGUAAGCUUGAAGAAUGUCAAUAUUAGGUAUCUAACAAAUGUCUAAUUUUGUUUCAGCAUAUUUAUACAAAUGAUCAUUUUAUCGUAGCACAUAUUUUUAGAAUGUUCUUUACAAGGCGUUAUUUAUAUAUCAUUAUUCAUUCAUAUUCCUUUGCCGUUAAUUGUUCGGCGCUUUUAUAGCGCGAUUUCAUCCCAUUUGCAUUUUAUGUACCAUUGUAUUUUCUUGUGAAAUUUAUCACUAUUUUAUGAUGGUGGAAAUUGUGAAUUCGGUUUUCAAAGUUUUCUUUUUUUUGAAAACCAACUAUUGGGAAGAAGAUGAAUCUCAAGUUAUUGGUAACUUGAGUGUAGUGAUAAAAGUGCCACCAGCAGUGUUCAUGGUUAAGUGUUCAGUGAAAAAUAUGGUAAAAGUUAAGUAUUUAACCCUACGCGUUGUAUCGGCGCGUGGGGUGACUUCAAUUUUUAUAUUUAAUAUAUUAAUUCUUGUAAAAAUGAUUGUUAGCUGAUAAUUCAAUUCUUAUUUUAUUCUUUAUUAUGGUAUCUGUAACUCUUUGACGCUAUUUACGUUAUAAACAAUCAUUUUUACAAAAGACUUCCUAUUUUAUAUGGUAAAUUUGUAAAUUUAUAUAUCAGUGAUGAUAUUCUAUGGUAUUUCAAUUUAAAUCUAGCCUUUAAAACGAUAUAAACUACACGUCCAUAAUACUUUUUUAUUUUCUUUCUGAAGUUCUGACAAAGGCGUUAAAACGUUUUAUAAUCCAUCCAUUUUUUUUUCUCAAAUUCCAUCUAUUCAUACUGCACAUUUCACGAAUACUAUGUGCAAAAGAAGAAUAGUUCAGGUUUUUUUUUUCUUUUCUACUAUUUCAGGAUAAUACGUACGGUUGGUGUUCGAAAGUGUGAAUGCGUUUUCUGUGUAAAAGAUUGAAGAAAUUGCUAAUUUUCGGAUAAAAUAUUAAACAAAUAUCACGAAAUCGAUGUUCGUUCAGUCCGAACCUUUCAAACUCUAUGGCGCCAGAGUAUGAAAGAAAUCGAUUGAACUUCCAUCGAUCGUGACAUAUAAAACCAUCGAAUGGAUGCGGUUUUUUAAAACAUUAUCCACGAAAAUCAAAUUCAAAGGAUACGUAGUGCUUUUCGAUAAAUUAGACUCUAAUUAAAACGUCAAUUUAAUGCAAAUCUGCUAUGUAUCUAAUAAAAAAAAGUAUGAAUCUUUAAUCAGACCUGAUUUCUCGCUGCGGGUAUCGCAGAGGCAUCGUCUUUUUAAAGAUCGACUCCGACUAUUCGUGGAAAAUGCGAAACAAAAUUGCAUUCCAUUCGAUAAACAAUUCUCCAGUAGCUUCGGUAAACCAGUGUCGAUAAAGAUAAUGAUUGCGUGGUGUUGUGUUAAUGCAGAGUGUUUGGCCGACGGUAUCGUUCAACAAGAUAACCCAAUUUCAAAGCAGAAUAAUACACGACGUUAAAGUUGCAGUUAGGUCUUGAUUAGAAAACGAAGAAUAAAUUGAACGACGAUAAACAGAGUUGCAAUGUGUAAUCGUGUCGAUACUCCACUAAUUUUUGCUGCGCAGCGAUUAUUAUCUGGAGUUUCAAUACGUUACACGAAGUUGGACAUACUGUGACGACGAUGAACAGAGACGACCCAUAAUUUUGAUAGAAAAUUUAGGGAAGAGAAAAGAAAAGGAGAGAAAGUGCAGUGUGUUACGAAUGUUGUUAGAUUGUGGUGAGAGAACGAUACGUAUGUUGCUUCGAUGCACCGUCGACACGAAUCGCAUCCCUUAAGCAGAGACGAGUGUACGGAAAGUACACGCAGAGUAGAGAAGCUGUAAUUAGCCGUAGUUAUUAACUGGCGGCGUUUUAUCUGGCUGGACGUCGUCAUCGAAGGAGGGUCGUGUACGCUCCGGAAGAGAGGACUGGGUCAUCGUACAGCAGAGCUCGUUCGCGAGGAAAGUUUUCCAGUUACAACAGAGUGGUUAUCCGUCGCUGUUUUUCCUGGAUUUAUUCUCGACUGAGAGAGACCAAGUAACAGGAGAAUCCGUUUCGUAACACAUUCAUUCUUCUCGUGGUUUCUGUAUUUCUCUUUUUGUAAGCCUACUACAGAUCCAACGAGGAAAAGAAAAACUAGCGUUACGAUGCCAAGUAUGUCAUUAAUUUUCAUAGUUCUCUCGGAUCCUUUAUUUUUCUUCGGUCUGUAGCAUCUUGUUCGAUUAAUAUUUUUAUUUGUUCAUUUCUAAACUGGCAGGAUCGGUGGGAACCAGAGAUAUAUUCCAGAGAAAGUCUGGAGACGGAGAAAGUUGUUAAAAAAGCGACGAUAAUGUUCCAACUAGAGUUCAGUUUCUUUUAGUCGUUCAUUUUGUCGGGAUUAAAUUGUUCACAGUUUGAUUGUAUCGUAGUAAAUUAGUUCCAUUGUUAGAUAUUUGUUAAACGAGAAAACAGACAACUUGGCUCGAGAUGAAAAUAAAUGGUUGCGAAUUUUAAUCGACGCAUGUUUAGCAAUCUAUAGCAACAUCUUGAAUAUUAAUUAGGCAGAAAUUAGUUUAGUCGAAACUUUCGAAUAUUUAUAACUCGUAGAACCAAUCGGAAUCUGUCGAUAAAUUGUUUUUAUUUUAAUUUCGUGCACGAGCGUCUAAAUUCAAAAUUGUACGCGGAUAAAUAACUUUCGGGAAAUUAGUUGGUUUUUUAUAAAACAAUCGAAGGUUGCAAUAAUUGUACGGUUUUAAAUAAUAGACAAAAAAGUAUUGUUAAAAUAAACGAUCCUGUUUAUUCGACGAAGAUGAAUCAAGUACACCUGAUUAGUUAUUUUAUUUCGCUUAUCUCUAAUUUCAUAAAUCCAAGUUCGAACUUGAAAUAGAAUUGACGAGACUUCCAAAACGCGUUAUAAAAAUUGAAAUUGCUAAAUUGUUCCCGUUUAAAUGAAUAAUUACAAUAAAAGUCCUAAAAUUGAAAUUAGUUCGAUGCAUGUGAAACAAAGACGAGGCGUUUGACAGGGUGUUUCAAUUUCACGAUAGAAAGAGUAGGUUCUAACAGAUUCGCAUCUAGUUCGCAUCUCUCGAUUGUGUUUCCAGUUGUUAUCCAGUGGGAGUGGAGCCUAAGAAGAUAUGCAAUAAACUUCUUUCUAUUGAAAAAUGAA